AUAUGUAUAUAUAUUUUGUCACUGUGCAUAAUAUAGACUGCAUUUUACUUACCGUUCGCAACGCUCACAAAUAUCAUCUCUAUCUUUGUUUAAUUUUAAUGAGCAAUGACCAAUAUAUAAUUGAGACAUUUAAACAUAAUGUCGUUGCGAUUCUAAGAUACUCAAACGUGCCAAAAUGCUCCGUAAUUUUCACAUUAUUUAUAUACCUGUCACAAACCAUUACGGCUUUUCGAGAUGCGGAGACAAGGUGCCCGAAGUUACGCUUGUUUGGCGCCAAACGAAGAGAGGAGGUAUUGGAGAACAAUUUUCACGUUAUUUAUUUGUCGCAAACGCGCGAAUAUGUAUUCACUUUAUCGAAUACUGGCACUGUCGAUGUGGAAUACAUUUGGCAAAUAAACAUGGACGAGCAGUAUCCGGUGAGAUUGACUACACAUUAUUCACGAUCUACGCCAAGGUCACGAGGAAAUAUUCAAUCUAGAGCUAACUCAUCUGUAUAUCCAUUUCACGAACAUCGUCAGCGACAUAAUCCAAAUUAUGCGAGGACAGAAAUCAUCGAAAACGUAAAAUCAAAUCAUCAACAGGCCUUAUUAUCUCAAGAGAAUAUUAUCGAGGUAAAAUCAAGUGUUUGUCACUGCGGUCCAUCCGAUCUUUUUAGCAGCAGCGCCGGGUUGACUGAGAGAAGUAGUGACAGCUGGUUAGAAAGUGAUGACUUGCCAUUUGGAAUUUAUCCUGAAAAGGGAACUUUACCACCGGGUGAAUCUAUGGAAUGUACUUUGCGAUUCUCUCCCCUAGAUGUGUUUGAUUACAAAGCUCAUCUUACUUGCAAAAUGGAGAAUCUCGAUCCGGAGUUGUCAGAACUGAUUAUUCCUAUUGCGGGAAGAAGUUUGUUACCGUAUUGCCAUUUCGACAUACCGGAAAGCAACUAUCUAUCUGGUGAUAGACGUGACGCAAAACUGCCAGGACCAAUCAAUCACUAUUCCGUCGAUGGAUCUCUUCCGCAAGGUACGAGAAUAAUCGAGCUGAACGUGGUCGGAAUCGGUGACACUCAUGUAAAAAAAUUUCGGAUGAUAAAUCCAACAUCGGACGAUUAUCACUUCGCCUGGAAAGAUCGAACUCGUCACGUUGAAAACGAGAUACCGAAAUUCCAUUGCGUACUUCCGGAAGGAAUCGCUGAGCGAGGGAAGCAAGUUGAUUUCGCCUUUACGUUCCUCGCAGAGGACAUUGGUAUUUUCGAAUCCUUCUGGUUAUUCUCCAUCGAGAAAUAUAACUUGGAAUGUCUCUUCCUGUUCGUCGCGAUGGUCAGAGAACCAUCAGUUUGCUGCUCGGUUGUUUAUCUGAAAAUGAAACCAACCGUAUUAGGUGUUAAUGUACGAGAAUCGAUGAGCAUAAUCAACAACGAGGAAUUUCAGCUUUCCUUUCAUAUCGUACGGGACUCUUUGUAUUCUGAAGGGCGUGUUCAGAGCUUGAAAAUAAUGCCAAUGAACGGCAUUUUAAAUUCAAAAGACAAACAGAUUCUUUGGAUCGAAUACCAGCCUACAUUUAUAGGCGAAUUUCAAUUUUGCAUAAAAUGCAUCGUGAAAAAGUUGAAGACACUGUUGACUGUAUUUGUUACAACAAUUACAUAUGAUAUUAUCGUUUCGGUUACAUAUGUAAAUCAAAGUGACCAAAUUGUACAAUUAAAUCAAGACGAAGAAAAUAUCAUCGACUGCGGAAAAAUAAUGUUAAAAGUGCCCUUCACUAUUACAUUUGAAAUAAUAAAUUCAAGCAAGAUGGCACUUCAUUAUUCUUGGGAUCUCGGCAUGACACCAGAAAUAAUCAGCAGAAAUAUGUAUACAAUUACUAUGCAACAUAAGCAGGGUCGCGUGGUUAGCGAAUCAUCGUCUAAUUGUUGCCUAAUUAUUACGGCAUUACGAAAAACGAUGAUAAAAAAUCACCCCAUUUUCUUGAAGAUUUCUAGAGGACCUACAUAUCGGCUAAUCUUACGAGCGACUGCAAAUAAAACAGUUUUGGAAUUCAGUUUUAAUCAUUAUGACUUUGGAUCUUGCUACAUACGAGACAUCACAGCACCUGCGUAUUACGUCGAUUUACGUAUCACAAAUCCAGACGAUGUUCCAUACAUAUUAGAGUGCAAAUUUGAAGAGAAACCACACAUCUCCGUGAAUCUUGACGCUCUUUCAGAGUCAAUAGCUUCUCGAUCAAGUAUCAUUAUUCCAAUAAAGUUUCGUCCUCUACAACAGCUGCAUUAUCGCGAUAAUUUACAUUUUAUAAUCAAUUCGACGGUCGAGAAAAAUAUUAUUAUAACUGGCGAAGGAAUUACAUAUAAAGUUCAUUUAGUAAAUCCGCGCGACAAAUUGAUAGAUCUUGGCAAUUUAUCGAUCAAUAAAGCGAUCAUCAGAAAGGUGCCGGUGAUCAACAAUGGUCGUGCUCCGCUCGAAUUGAAGUUCGGUCUCAUAAAGAAUUUACCGGGAUAUGAGCAAUUUUGUGAACGAAUUCAAGUGUGUCCAAAGAAGAUCAAUGAAGAGAACAAAAUGGAUCACACUCGAGCAUCAAUUACUGAAACAAAACGUUCAGAUACGUGUGACGUGACUCUUCAAACGAUCGAACCCCAUCUGUCCGAAGUUCUUGAGAUCGAACCAGCAGAAUCGAUCGUACUUCAAUCGACAAAGAUCGUAAAUGUUGUUGUGAAGUAUAAAUCUAUGCGAAGAAUGCGUCCUUUCUUCGCUAAAGUAGCUUUUCAAACCAAUUCCACAAUUCAGCCAUUAUUUAUCGUGCGCGGAAGUUGCAUAGGAGCGGAAUUCCGACUGAAUAGAACUUGUAUUCCUUUCGGUAUAAUCGUUCAAGGUUGUUUCAGUGAGGCAAAGGUAGUGCUAUUGAAUACAGGAGACAUUGGUGCUAGAUUCAAGUGGAACACGUCGAAAUUGCCACGAGAUUUUAGCAUUGCUCCUGCGACUGGCUAUUGCUCCCCCGGCAUGAACGUCAACUUCAUUGUCAGUUUCCGACCUACUCAGCAUGACAGUUUGAUCGAGGGCAAUGCAAAGCUUGAAAUUGAAAAAUAUGGAGUUCUCAGCGUAAAAAUUACCGGAGGUUGCUGCAAGCUACCUGACCCAAUUGACACUUUGUUCUUUUCGUGCCGUGUUCGUGAAAAACUAAUGCAAUCUCUAAACGUCGAGAACGACACGACGACUUCUUGGAAACUAAAGCCAGAAAUUUUCGGUGACUACUUCUUUGUCGACGAGAUCUUACACGUUCCUGCAAAAAAGAUUGCAAUCUGUACCAUCACCUACGCCCCUCUGGUUAUGAACAGCGAGAACCAUCCUCACAAAGGUACGUUGCUUUUGAAGCUGCCGAAUGACAAAGCACCUUUGGUGUAUUCUCUUCAAGGAUUGAGCCUAGCUCCGCAGGUUCUGCAAAGGAUUACACGUCAGUUCCCUGCAAAGACAAAGUUUACAGAAUUAUUAUCUGUCUACAACUGGAUGAGUAAAUGGCAACGAUUCGAAUGUAAAAUUGAAGAUUUAGAGAACAAAGCUUCCGUCAAGGAUAAAGCAUACAGUUUUGUUGGUAACAAUAAGAUAGACGUGCCGUCAAAUACUCAGCGAGACUAUCGUGCAGAAUUUCACUCUUACAAAGAAUUGGAAUGUAAUUUCAAGAUAACGUUCAUUAAUGAAGACGGCGAAUAUCAGUUUUAUGAACUUCAAUACAAUAUUACAAAACCUGAAAGAAUCGAAUCGAUUAAAUUGAUUACUUCGGUGCGAUCUUCGGUGUGCCACGCUUUAAGACUCGAUAAUCCAUUCAAAGAACGACAUGUAAUGUAUACGGCAAAGUGUCAGCAUCCUUAUAUCACUAUUUAUGAUGUACCAAAACUUGUGGCACCUUUAUCCAGCGAAACAAUCGGUAUCGAAUAUUAUCCUAUACAUCCCAGCGAGGAGUCUGCGAUAAACUUGGAUGUUAAUAGCGAAGAACUCGGAUUGUUUCCUUAUGAAUUGCGAUUGCGAGCGACACCGGCUCCUGCGGAAAAAACGACGCGUGUUGUUGCGAUGCUCGGUGCUUCUGUCACCUUCUCUUUGACCGUACGCAAUCACGCCGAAAAGAGUGCAACAUUUGCAAUCAAGGUGAAUAAUGAAUGUUUCACGACUUCGAAGAACAUCGAAGUGCCAGCGUUAAAAAGUGCCUCAUUCGAUGUAGUCUACGAACCUUAUGACAUCGAUAACGUUUCUGCUAUUUUGACAGUCACGUCUGAAAUCGCCGGGGAAUUUAUAUUUCCUCUUGUCGGUACAUAUUCAUUGCCGAAACCACAAGGACCGUAUACAGUUACUCUCAAAGCACCGAUUCUUAUACCAUUUAAAAAUAUAUUUAGAGAAACUAAAUUUUUCGAGCUUAUUUUGGACAAUCCUGAAGCUUUCGCGACGACAACAUCAUUGGAAGAGAUUAAACAAAAACAGACAAUCAAUAUCGUCGUUCGUCUGAAAGAUGUAUCAAAUGAAAAUAAGAGAAAAGUAGAAAAUGACAGCUAUCCAAUAACUGGAAAACUCUCGAUAUACUGUACAGAUCCCAAGAUUUCUCACAUCAAUUGGACUUAUUAUUUAAAAAGUGUAUAUGACUAACACAUAAAUAAGCAACAUAUAUUAGUAUCUAAUACUUAAUGAUAUUAAUAAUACUGUAGCUUGACACGUACAUCGAAUCAUUCGAAAUAUAAAA